AUGUGGUUCUGGAAGCUGCUCUUGGUUUCUCUGGCCUAGACCACCACCUCAUCGAGAGCUCGGGAGUGGGCCCAUCAAGGAGCCAUGAUGUACGCCGAUCUCAAUCCUCGUGAGAUGAACGCCGUGAGAGACUACCUGUACUCCUACAGCGAGCUGGGCCUCACCUCAGCCCUGGACAAGUCUUUAAUGAAGAACAGCAUCCUUCUUAUGGAGCUUCACGUCCCUCGCAAACACGAGGCCUUGCGAGCAAUGGACAGGGGUCAGGCCAAACCUCCGCGUCAGGCACGCGUGGUGGUGCAGUUCGGCAACCAGGCCAAACCCAACGUGACGGAGUACAUUGUCGGCCCCCUGCCUUUCCCGAGUUCUUAUCAGGCGAAGACUUUUAAAGGCAACCGACCGAUCCGCUUUGAGUCGAGGCCGAUUACUGUCGUGGAGUACAAGCACCUGCAUACAUUUUUGGAGAAAGUUGCAAGUAAAGUCAAUAAGAUUCUGCAAGAGAGCAGCGGAUUCACCUACGGAAACUGCACUGACCGCUGUCUGACAUUCUCAGACAUUGCACCUCGUGGGUUAGCGCCCGGCGAGAGGAGGACGUGGGUCAUGUUGCAGAAGUUUGUGGAGGGUUAUUUUAUUCACCCCGUGGGCUUUGAGAUCCUCAUUAACCAUAAGGAUUUGGAUCCUGGGAAGUGGACGGAGGAGAAGGUGUGGUAUAACGGACAGUAUUUUGACAGCGUGGAUGAGCUUGUGGAGAAGUAUGAGAAGGGCACGAUCAACAAACACAAGCUGCCCGUGCACGAUGAGGAAGAUCUGUUUUCCACUUACAUCCCUCGAGGACACAUGAACACGCGGACGAAUGUUCACGGAGCGAAGCUCGUGGAACCUCAAGGCCGCAGAUUUCAGGUGGAUGGGAACUUUGUGGAGUAUGCAGGAUGGUCUUUUGCGUACAGAGUGCGCUCUUCGGCCGGAUUGCAGAUAUUUGAUUUACGCUUCAACAGAGAGAGAAUCGCUUAUGAAGUAGCUCUGCAGGAAGCCAUUGCAUUUUACUCCGGAGAUACGCCAGCCGCCAUGCAGACCAAAUACAUCGAUGCCGGGUGGGCGAUGGGGACGUCAGAUUACGAGCUGGCUCCAGGGAUCGACUGCCCUGAAAUUGCUCAAUUUGUGGAUCUUUAUCAUUACUAUGACACAGACAAACCUGUACGAUACAGAAACGCUCUGUGCAUCUUUGAAAUGACCACAGGUCUUCCUCUGAGGAGACACUUUAAUAGCAACUUCCAAGGGGGAUACAAUUUUUUCGGAGGUCUUGAAAACCACGUUCUGGUCAUCAGAACUACAUCUACCGUGUACAACUACGACUACAUCUGGGAUUUUAUAUUUUAUCAGAAUGGUGUCAUGGAGUCCAGGGUGAGCGCCACCGGGUACAUCCAUGCCACGUUCUUCACGGAGAACGGAUUGAACUACGGGACCAAGGUUUACAACUACGUACUUGGCAACUUGCACACACACCUAAUUAAUUACAAAGUGGACCUUGACAUCGCAGGGAAAGACAACAGCUUUGAGUCUAUCGAGCUGAAAUAUGUCAACUUUACUAACCCCUGGAGCCCAGAACACAGCAUCGUUCAGUCGAAACUUCACCGGACGCAGCACCAAACAGAACGCAGAGCUGCUUUCCGCUUUGGAAAGAAGUUUCCCAAAUAUCUGCACUUCUACAAUCCAAACCAGAACAACAAGUGGGGACAUAAGAAGGGUUAUCGGAUCCAGUUUAACUCUCACGCCAACAGUGUUUUGCCACAAGGCUGGAGAGAGGAAAAUGGUAUUUCAUGGUCGAGAUACCCGUUAGCUGUAACCAGACAUAAGGACAAUGAGGUCACCAGCAGCAGCAUGUACACACAGAACGACCCCUGGGAACCCGUCGUGUCUUUUGAGGACUUCAUUCGCAACAAUGAGAAUAUUGUGAACCAGGAUUUGGUUGCCUGGGUAACGGUGGGAUUUCUUCACAUUCCUCACUCGGAGGACAUUCCCAACACGGCAACUCCAGGAAACGCAGUUGGGUUCUUCCUGCGUCCCUUUAACUUCUUUGACGAAGACCCCUCGCUUGCGUCCCGAAGCACCGUCAUUGUCCGGCCGGAUGAAAAGGGUCAGCCGAAGGUUCAGAGAUGGACUCCAGAGGUCAUAGGUCACUGUGUCUCUGACAAGCCUUUCUUCUACAACGGUACAUACGCUGGUGUGUAAACAGACUUGAUUUAUUUCAUCUCGUGUUUGUGCUGUAUAUAACAUGUAGAAAAAGCACAAAAUUUAUGACAUAAAUUCUAAUGGAAAUACUAUAUUUACAUCUAUAUAAUGCAGUGCACUUGUGACAUCAUCACCUGGGAAGCAAAACUAUAGAACUAAUUAUAGAACAUAAAAAAACAUUUUGUCUGUUUGCAUCCAGAUGUUUAAGGCGUAUUUGUUAGUUUCAUUAUAAAAGUAGUGAAAAUCAUCCUGUCUGAAAAUAAUAUCAGAACCAAAAAAUAUAGUGUGAAAUAAUACCUGGACAUUCCUUGCAUGUUUUAUGGGAUAAACACAUUUUUAAAAAAAGUGUCAUAAGUACGUGUGGUCUUGAUGUGUAAAAUGUACCGUGGAUUUACAUUGGUUGUCGUGGUAACCACAUUGUCUGAGGUGAGAUGGCGUCGAAAGUAAGAGGAUAUAUAUCCAUGGAUACAGCGGAGAACAUCCAGGAUUCAGGAUGUCGUAUCCGUGAGCUCAUGGAUCACAGCAGUGAGCUGAACGGCCAGUAAACAGCUCACUCCUGGAAUCUCCCUGCAAACAGACCAUAAUUCACCUGCUGUCAGCCUUAGAACAUACAUGAUAUGGUUUUGCCAUGUUUAAGCCAAGUAUACAGUUCGAUGUAAACACGAUAUUCUGUAGAAUGUGUAUGUAUGUUAAAAGCAUGUUUUGUGUGUGUUUGGGUUUUUACAGUGUGUGCUAAAGUGUCCCGUCUAGCAGAACAGAUUCUUGUUUCUCACUUGAAGUGAACAGACUGGUAAAGUGUCAUUAUAUAGGGUUGCCAUUCUUAAAACUCACCAUGACAACAACAACUCAUGCGUCACAUUGCAACUGAAUCCUUACAAAACAAGAUCUGUGUGUGAGGAGGACACAAUAAACUGUACACACAGGUCCUACAGCAGGGGUUUUUAAUCAUCUAAAUAAAAAUAUAGGGAAAAACACACGUAUUCGCUUACGGUAAAAAGUAGUUUUUACUUUUUUUGUCACAAGUGAAUAAGAUACCAUAUGGUAGGGAUGCCAGAUAAUAGGAAAUCACACAAAAAAGUGUUAAUUAUUCCCCCUGAUACUGGAAUUGUGAUGAAGUAUGUUUAAACAUGUUUUACUGUGUAACUUUCUUUGAGGCAACUGCGUACCAUGUUCUUAUGAACAUUUCAAACACCUCUUCUGAAGUACUCGAUUACUGUGGUAUAGUCUCCAAAGGUCAACUACACCUUGAUUUCACACAUUAAAGCAUUAAACCUGUGAUCUUAUCGCUUCAAGGGUGGUUUAGCCAAAAUAAAAACAAUUUCUGUCAUCAUUUAUACCCCCUCAUGUUGAUUAAAACCUGUAUACGAGUCUUCUGUAAAACACAAAAGGAGAUAUUUUGAGAAAUGUCUUGAUGGUUUCGUGUCCAUAUGGAAGUCAAUGGGGACAUACAGGGUUGAAAUGAGAUGUGGGUGAGAAAAUAAUGAAAGAUGUUCAUUUUUGGCUGAACUAUCCCUUCAAUCAGAAUGUAGCACAUUUAUCUGCAAGUAUUUUAAGUUGUUUCGAGUUGCUGUUUCUGUGUAAAUGAGUGCUGUACUGUAGGUGUGAUGCAGGUAUUUUGUUCAUGACUGUAUGGUGAAAAACUAAUUGACAAAAAUCACCUGCUUUCAUUUAAAUUUAAUUUAAUAAAAUUUUGCACACACUUAAAUUUACUUUUUUAAUUUUACAGCACAAGAAAGUGGAAACAGAAAUGUAAGGCAGACAAAAACAAUACAGUUAAAUAGUCAUUCACACAUUUAUGGCAAAUGUUACUGUAGGAAAGAGCUCAGUUAAAGAGAAAGGUGGAUUGGGUC